UACUCUAGCUAAGUAUCUACUUUUGUAUAGCUAGAGGUUAUAAAGAAAAAUUGCAAUUUAUAUCGCAUUUCAACAUUUCAUCUGGAUCGUGCGUGGCGCAGAUAUAGUGUGUAUUCCUAAUCUAGCGUCAAAAAGAUCAUUUACGGAAUCAAAAUUAAUUUCAAUCGUGUUUUAAACAUGGAACAAUCGACCAAAAUGAAUUGGGAUCUAAAAUAUGGUGAGUUAGCCAAAGAUGAAGAUUUUGUUAGCAAAUGCGAAAAUCUCAAGGAGAAUUUAAUUGAAGUUCAACAAGUACUUGAUAAACUUCUUCCGCUGAAAGCACAAUACGAUAAAAUGCCACUACCGGCACAAAUAGAAUUAGAUUUGUUCCUUGCGUUCACUUUAAAUUCUUUGCACUGGAUCCAGUUAAGAAUUCAGGGUAUAGAUCCGUCAACACAUCCUAUAAAACAUGAGCUUCAACGAGUAAAGGCUGCUAUCCAAAAAUGGCAGGAAGUCCAGGAUCGUGAUAAGAGACCCACUAUGGACAUCGAUGCGGCCAAGAGGUUCAUUAAGAGUGGUUUGUACGAACCGUAUCGAGCAACAGGCCAACCACAAAACAAAAAAAUUAAAUUCUCAGAUGAUUAAGCAACUUGGUUUUCAGAAUUAACCCCUAUUUAAAGACUGAGAUAUCAGAAUAUCUAUUGUUAAUUUGUUAUAUUUUGUCUUUUUGCAAGACAUUUUAGAAUAAGUUCUGUUACCAAGAGUUAACUCUUGAAGUUUUAGUUGUUAUCUCUACAAUACUAUAAUAUUAUCAGACAAGGUAUAUGUGUCUGCAAAAGUUUGUUAACAUUAAUUAGUUUAUGUGUACUCAGAUAAUUAGUUAUAAGUUUGUUAUAAUGAAUUUUAGGUAUUACAUCCAUAUUUCUAAAUAGAAUACCUGUCAUACCAUCAGGUAAUUAUGAAAUUUUCCAACCACCCACCAUUGUGCACUAUUAUAUACUAUCUACAUCUAUGGUAGUUAUUAUAAAUGUAUUCUAAUACACAAUACUAGAAAAAGAAAACUCACAAAUUCUAGUCGAGUAUAUUUGGGGAAUUUAAUUUACCAAAUAAUAAAACAACAAUAUAAGAACAUAUUGAUAUAAUUAAAAGCCAUUGGAGUGUAUAUUUUGUCCCAAGGAAUGUUAGGAGAUUGUGGGAUUUAUAAAUUUACAUUAAACAUUUGAUAGUUUUAAGUUAUAACUAAAGUUAUCUUAGCUGUAACAUUUAUACCAAUAUUGUAACACUUUGUCUAUGAAUAAAUAUUAAAAUGCC